AUGCUCCGUUGGUUUGUGGGUGCUUCUUCGAUCGUCCUCUCUCUCUCUGUCUCUGUCUCUGUCUCUGUCUCUCUCUCUCUCUCUGUCUGUCUGUCUCUCUCUCUCUCUCUCUCUGUCUCUCUCUCUCUCUGUGUCUUUAAGGCCCUCUUGAGCUCUCUUAAACCCUCUCUCUCUCUCUUCUCUCUCUUCAACUCUUCUCUCUCUUCAACUCUUCUCUCUCUCUCUAUGAGAUUUCCGACCUCGCAGGCCGUCCCUUUGGUCCGGGGCAUUGAGGGCUACCCGUGCAAGGGCAUCCAUACGGACGGUGCGAUGGCCAACAACGCUGAUCCGUCCGGCGCGCGGCGUCGUGUUCUGGACGUGGAUCAACAUAUGGUUGGCAUGCUCAACGACCCGCCUGCCCCCGCCACUGAGGUCACCCUCAGCGAGCCCCGAAGCGGAUCAGGCUCAUCCGACCCAACCGCCGUUGCUGGCCAAAAUCCGGCCUCCGCCCAUCCGAUGACAAGCCCCCGUUCCGUCUCAUCUUCGGCAGCACCCACCGUACCACCUGAUGAUGGCCAUCUUCAUCCCAAGCGCGGGGAAGACCUCCAUCGCCGCAAGCCCAGUGACCUCUUUCAAGUCCGUACAGCUGAGGAGUGGUACACCCCUGAGCAACUAGCGGCCUUGCGCAAACCUGGCAAGCGCAACCUCAUCCUGUCCACUGGCGAGCGCAUCGACUACAUCCUUGCCUACUACCUGCCCGAAAAGGUCACUUAUCAAGACCUUAUCGACAUGAUGGAAGAUCCCGAACGCCAGGACAAUCCUGACGCCCACAUUGCUGCCAAGCGCCUCCACUUUGAGGUUGAAUUGGUACAAAAAGGACUUGUGCUGGAACACGAGCUAGGCGCUGGUGACAAGGUCGUCUUUGUCAAGAUUCACACCCCUUUCAAGGUGCUCUGCGCCCGAGCUGAGAAAUUUCAGUAUAAGAUGCCCCUGAGAGAAUCUCGCAAG